AUGGGUCGCUUUGGGGACCAAUCCCUGGAGGCGGUCUACAAAGAGUACCAGCUUGGCCAGAACGUCUCACUUAUGGUAUAUGGCCUCUGUGUAUUCACCACAACUUUGAUAUUGGUGGCCUUGAGUCAUUUGCUACGGACUGAUUGGGUCCUUCUACUGGCUACAACUUCAGCAUCAUUUGCUUUGGCUUUGAACAUUAUUCUGAACAUCCGCUCCAAGAAACAUUACAAUGGGAUUCUGAAGCUGAUAGGGAUAUGGCUGUGUGCUUCCACCUUGUUCACUCUGAUAUCUGGAGGUCAGAAUGGACUGAUACCUGUUGUUAUCACUUGUUUUACGCUGUAUACUAUAUUUUCCUUCAACAUCAUUUGGACCGUGUUCAUUUGUGUAUCUCUAUGUGCUAUUCAGACUGUGGUAUUCAUGCUGCACCCGGUGUUACCGUUCUCCGUGGAUCAAGUAAGUUGAUUGUGACAUUUUUAGCUUUUGAUUUAAAUUCAGCUAAAGAUGACAAUAUUUUUUGUUAAAAAAUGUGGCAAAAACGCUUUAACAGAAACCCUUAGGCUGACUUUCGAAAAGUUAAUUGUGAGAUUGUUUAAAGUUCAAUUUAACGUUGCCAACUGACCUCUAUUAAUCUUUUUGUCGUCGGAGAGAACAAAGAAACUUAUAUCAAGAUGAGGAGCAUGACUCACAGCAAUAGGCCCUGUAGCCUUACAAUCACUAAUGUAACUUUAAAAAUGUUUGCAGCUACUGGCUACAAUCAUCGUGCACUUCUGGAACAACUUUGUGGGUAUCUACUUGUACUUGAUGAGGAACAGACUGAGCCGUGCCAUGUUCCUCAACUCUCGUAAUGUUCUAAUGUCACAUAUGGAAGCACUGAAACAGCAAGCGAUUCUGGAGACAUUGUUGUCUUCAGUAUGCCCUAAGGCUCAAUUACAAGAUGGCCUUAAAUACUUGUACGAAAACAUGGGAACGAUGGCCUCGUUGAAUGUGACGAGCUACAGACAGUCGGGGUAAGAUAUGUUUUGUAUUGCCAUUUUACUGUUUUUGUAAUUUAAUUUUUGUUUUUAUAGUGAUUUGAAGUCAGGUAUCUAUAAUAACUAAUGUUUUUAAAAUUCACCAUUUAUGUUCUAGAGUACUGUACGCUCAAUUCGAAGGUUUGGAGGAGCUUCUGUCGCAAAUCAGCCUUCAGGAUUCUGGAAGGUUGCUUUCAGAGUUUGACCAUCGUAUCUCCCUAAUAGCCCAGGUAUGUUAUUAUCCUUUACUUUGUUGAUGUGUCUUUACCGUUUAUGUUUCUCAUAUUACUUUUAUUACCUCUAAUGUUAUGUUUCAGAAAUACGAUCUCAUCAAAGUGGCGUCAUCGGACAUCGUAUUAGUAGCCAUUAAAUCCGACAGUGACAUAACUCCAGAAGAAAGAGUCUGUCAAGCUGCGUUGGAUUUGCAUCUCAUGAUACGGUAAUUUUAUUUUACGACAUAUUAGAAUCAUCAUAAUAUCAUUUUACAAUAUUUUGUCCAGUACGUUUUGAUUUAACUAUAUGACGUCAUAACUUUAAUUUAAUAAAACUGUAACUUUACUUUCUCUAUAUACAAACGUCAGAAUACGUUCCCACUUGUGACAUCAUUAACUAUUACCGUGCAUACCUUACUCUGCUAUUUCAGCGGCUUCUGUGAAGCCAGUUCAUCAGAAAUUAAAGUGAAGAUAGGCUUAGCCUGCGGCGCCGUGUCAAGUGCCUUCUUGGGAGCCAGCAAGUGGCAUCUGGACGUAACAGGACCAGCCAUCGAUGACGCUACACAGCUGUCACGGAUGGCUACAAUGGGCACGAUCCUUGUAGCCACGGGCAUGAAGCCGACCGUAGAACAAAGCUACAACUUUGAACAGAUAGAGUUACAGAAAUACAUCUACUGGCGUCUCGUAUCGUCGAAGAACGGCCUCAGCACCCAGGCCAGCAUCCUGUUCCCGAAUCAGCGUAGAAUGUCACUGACUACACUGCCUCAGGCCAUGAACAGGCUUCUGAAUGUGUGUGCAUCACAAAACAAUGCCAAUACUGACAAUGCCGUCACCUUGAAUGGCAGACGAAGGAAGAAGGUGGUAGAUUCUCUGAACGAUCAGCUGAUUCUGGACGAUUCAGAAUCCUCAAAGUGGAUGAAUAUGCUCACGAUGCGCUUCAAGGAGAAGAACAUCGAGAAGGCGUACCACUUCGAGAUGGACAGAUGGUUUAUCCCUGCCCUAGCCAUCUGCAUAUUAUUCUUGGUGGUGUACGGUAUGUACCAGAUUCUGGUGAUGCCGAGGCUGAUCAUCACGUUGGGGAUGGUGGUCAUCACUCUCGUCGUCAUCUUCACCAUCUUGUUGUUGCUAUAUGUCAGUUACUUUGAGAACUUUUCCCACUUUGUUACCCAAACAUAUACCGGUCACAACAUUACGAUCGUUUUCAUCUUGGUUUUGUUAUACGUGUGUGGCAUGGUGAAUAUCUUUUCGUGUCCAACAGAAGGUCACCCUUCUUCAACAUGUCAUGUAGUCUACUAUCCAGCUGUUUCGUUGGUGUUAUGGAUGAUCACAGCCCCGACUUUCAUUAGAUUUGGGUCGUUGUACAUGUUGUUUUUACUGAGUAUUGGCAUCGGAGUGUUCUGUAUCCACAUUUUCUACACUCAAGCCUACCUCUACGUUGCGUUCGGUGCUUUCAUGGGGUAAGUUUUUAUUAUUUUUUUAGUUUUAUAUUCUUAUAUUUAAAUAGUUUUAAAAGCUUGUUCCUUUCUUUUAGUAUGCUUUAUAAUAUCAAAUGAGACGUCUUGGGUAUAAAGUAAAAGAGACCACUAUAACAUUGAAACUUUGCAGAUGGCCCAUUCAAACGGAUAUUCUGCUGAGUUUGUUCACUUUGGCCUUUCUGAUUUAUCUCCAGAGUAGACGCAACGAGAAACUGGUUCGGACAGACUUCAUCUCCCAUCUCAAGGUAAUUAACACUUAAUUGUGUCGUUAUCCUCAAGUUUAUCAUUUUAUUAUCUUAAAACUGUUUAUUGGUAUUUAAAAUGGUUGAUGAUAGCACUUUUCAUGUUAACUACAUGUUUUCAGUUCAUGGAUAAUAUGAGACGCUUCGAUCGUGUUAACGAGCUCAUCAAGACCCAGCUCAACAACCAGCUGCCUGAACACAUUGCCAACAACUACCUCAACCGAACCGACACCUACUGUCACCUCUGUCAGAGCGUGGGGAUACUGACGGUAAAGUUUGGAGAUUCUGUAGAUUGGCACGGUAUCAUUGGGCUACAGAGACUUCAGGAGCUCGUCAGAGAACUGGAUCUACUGGUCGAGAGCUUUACCGGAUUGGAGAAAGUCAGAAGCAGUGGAUCGUUGUACACGGUGGCUGUUGGAGUCUUGCCAGAAGCACAGAACAACGUGCACGAUGCUCCGUUUACGAUCGGGGAUCUACUGGCUUCGAUGACAAACUUUGCUUUCGCUGUUAAAGAGAUUGCUACUGAAGAGAAUCUCAAGUUCUCUCUAGGUAUGUUUUCACCUUUUUACAGUUUAGUUGCGAUACAAAAGCUGUGUGGUAAUGGCUGCCUUCAAAUAUAGUUCGAUUGAAUUAUUGUAGGUAUGGACUGUGGUCAAGCCUUGUCAGUAGUCAUUGGUGGUCCUCAACCUUAUUACGAAGUCGUCGGAGCACCAAAACAAAGAAGUCUGAGGCUGAUGGAGAUCGCUGAGAAGACAUUUAAUCGUAUUUUAGUGUCAGAAGAGAUAUACCUAGCCCUCCGACCAAGGAACUUCCAACUAGACGACCGUAACCCGAUUCAGAUCGUUCCCGGAUUAAUCGGCUACGGAUUCAUUGGAGAAAUGACUUCUGACGUCAACAUACCGUCAAUCCGUAGCAGAAUCAUUAACACGAACACGGAAUGCAAACCUCACCGUGACGAAGGGUCUUCGGCCGAAAGCAGUGAUGAAGAUAUGGACCAUAGCAGAGAUAAACUGAUAAACGACCGAACAGAGAGCACGACCCUGCCUACGAUGGCUACACAGUCGGUGAAGGAGAACGGUCAGUAUCCGUUGAGCUUCUUCGCCGAACACAAUCGACAGACGAACGAGAUCAAGAAGAUGGAGAACGACUUCACCUCCAUGAACUCGAGCAUCUCCUCGGAGUUGUACUCCAUUGACAUGAGUGUGGAGACGGAUUCUGACAUGGAGUGGAUCACGCCCGAGAUGAUAGUCUACGACAAGAUCAACAAGGCCAAGCCACCCAUCAGUCCGAGCCAGGCCUACAAAGGAGAAUGUGCCAAACAAUACUCGGACUUCUCAGAGAUCGAAAACUUCAGAGGAUCGUCACGUGUCUACAAGAAGAAGAAGCGAAAGUGAGUACACCUUUUGUAUUUUCCUUUUAUCCAUUUUUAAAUUAAAUUAGUUUUCAAAACUCCAAAUUUCAUAAGCAAAAUUCAAUGCAUGACAAUAAGUAUAUACCUUUCAGACAACGACACCGUAACCCCUUGUCGCGUAACGGUCCGAAACUUCCCAGCUGGCUGAGUAGCAAGUCUUCGUUCGCUUCAGAAGUCUCCUUGCCUCAGGCAGAGUAUGCUCCAGCAAUAGACAAACUAGAUUCGACCAGUAAACGGGUCGACCGGAUGCUACAAGAACUUGCCAACAUCAGCAUCCAGAAACGACCGGUCGCUCAGCCCUUCCCCACGGGUCUCUCUAACAGUUCGAAGAGUGUAAAUUCCAAAAGAGAAACGAGCAGCGCCUGUCACACCGAGUACGACAACGCUGAUUCUGAAGCCGCCUUCUCUGAUACGGAAUUCAUGGAAUCUCGAAGGUAACUUUAGAUAUAUUAAUAUGAAAAAUUGAAAAAUUCUCCAUUUGAAUAACGAUUAAGCCAAAUUGCACACCACUAAAAACCACAAAUCAAUAGUCAAACAUAAUACAAGUUACAUAGUACCCAAAAAAAAUUGUUUUCAGAAGCCUGAACAAUCCUAAAGAAGGCAGGCCUUCUCGAUUGGCCGCCCUCGCCCGUAGCCUUGGCCGACGGAAACGGCCAAUAGAUAUUGAGGACGAUGGUGACAUUGACAGCAACUGUUCGUCUCUCAGAGGAUCAACCACCUUCUACGACGGUCUUCGGUGGAAGUCUGUGCACUCCAUUGGCUACGAGAAUGAGUACGAAUUCGUGUCAGAAACCGACGUUUCCAACGCAGAUUCUAAACUCUCGGGUUUGUCAAGUAGAGAGUCGGUAGCCAGAGGGGCUGUUGGCAUUAACCUCAACUGUAAAGCGAUGGACGACGAUGAGGAUUCUGAAGACGAAGUGAUGGACGCCGAGACCGCGAAGGAAGUCCAGCAGAUCAGUCAGGACAUCCGACGCAACUUCGGGGACUUCGAGUUGUCCACCUUCUCGGAUCGAGAUGUCUGA